AUGUUGAGAUUACCAAGAAGCGGAUUAUUGAAGACAUCCAAGAGAUUACUCUCACUUCAUGAAUAUAGAUCUGCUGCUAUUUUACAAAGCUUUGGUGUAGGCGUUCCUGAAGGCUAUGCUGCCACUACUGCUGAAGGAGCUUUUGAUGCUGCUAAGAAGUUGGGAACUUCCGAUUUGGUCAUUAAGGCUCAAGCGUUAACUGGUGGUAGAGGUAAGGGUCACUUUGACUCUGGAUUACAAGGAGGUGUUAAAUUGAUUUCAACUGCUGAAGAAGCAAGAGAUUUGGCUUCUCAAAUGUUGGGUCAUAAGUUGAUCACUAAGCAAACUGGUGCUGCUGGUAAAGAAGUUACUGCUGUCUACAUUGUUGAAAGAAGAGAUGCUACUACGGAAGCUUAUUUGGCUAUUCUUUUCGAUAGAGCCAGUCAGAAACCAAUGAUUGUUGCUUCAGCUCAAGGUGGUAUGGACAUUGAAGGUGUUGCUGCAAAGGAUCCUUCUGCUAUCAAGACCUUCACUGUCGAAUUGGACACUGGUGUCACCGACGAAUUGGCUACUCAAGUGGCUUCUGUAUUGGGUUACACUGAUGCUGCCAUUCCUGAAGCUGCUGAAGCUGUUAAGAACUUGUACAAGGUGUUUAUUGAAAAGGACUGUACCCAGGUGGAAAUCAACCCCUUGUCUGAAACUCCCGAUCACAAGGUUUUGGCAAUGGAUGCUAAAUUGAACUUUGAUGAUAAUGCUUCGUUUAGACAACAAGAAGUCUUUGACUUGAGAGAUCCAACUCAAGAAGACCCUCAAGAAGUUGAAGCUGCCAAAUAUGGUCUUAACUACAUCAAAUUGGAUGGUAACAUUGCCAACAUUGUUAAUGGUGCUGGUUUAGCCAUGGCUACUAUGGAUAUCAUUAAGUUGUAUGGUGGUGAGCCUGCCAACUUUUUGGAUUGUGGUGGUACUGCUACUCCUGAAACCAUCGAAAAGGCUUUUGAAUUGAUCUUGAAGGAUCCAAAGGUUAAUGCUAUUUUUGUUAACAUUUUCGGUGGUAUUGUUAGAUGUGAUUAUGUUGCUGAAGGUUUGAUUGCUGCCACUAAGAAGUUUGGUUUAGAUAUCCCAGUUGUUGUUAGAUUACAAGGUACUAACAUGGAAAAGGCCAAGGCAUUAAUUGAUGCUUCUGGUUUGAAGUUGUUUGCUUUUGAACAAUUGGAUCCAGCUGCUGAAAAAGUUGUUGAAUUGGCUCCUCCCUCAUAA